ACUACGCCUUCGUUUUGUUUAUGAGCUGUCAUCUGUAAUUUAUAAUUCCUUUAAAAAGCUCAUUAUCAAUAAUUAUUAGUGCUCACUGUGCAUUGUACAGUAAUAUUUAUUGCUUUUAAUUAUUUUUGAUAAAAGUGGUGUUAAUUAACAAUCUUCUGAACUGAGUAAUUGUUAUUUUUUAAGUCAAUUAUCCAUCCAUUCGUUUCUUCAUGAUCUGUCAUAUGUUUUCACAAUGAAAUAAUUGUUAAAAAAUUACAUCAAGUUUUCUUUAUAAAAGUGAGAGUGUGAAAGUAGCGAACAACGUUAGUUAUUAACAUGCCCUGAAGUUUACUCAGCACUAAUUAAUUGCUGAAUGCAUGCUUAACUGAUAAGAAAUUCAAGUGGUUCAGUUACAAUGCAUCGAAGAAGACCACACCACAGUAACUUUACAUAUGUUAGUUCAUGUGUAAAAUAUUUAAUAUUUGUGCUAAACUUCAUAUUUUGGUUAUUUGGAGGAUUACUAAUUGGAAUAGGAUUGUAUGCAUUUGUAGAUAAAUGGCAGUUAACAGGUUGGGUAAAACUUGAAACUGUGUAUGAUGUAAUUUUGAAUAUAUCAUUAGUCAUGGUGAUAAUGGGUGGUGUUGUGUUUAUAGUAAGUUUUGCAGGAUGUGUAGGUGCACUACGAGAAAACACAUGCCUUCUAAAAUUUUAUUCACUUUGUCUGUUAAUAUUCUUCCUGUUGGAAAUGGCUGUUGCAAUUAUUGGCUUUGUCUUUCCCCACCAAAUGCAUUCCAUGUUAGAAGAAAAUUUCACUGACAAAAUAAUUCAACAGUACAGAGAUGAUCCUGAUUUACAAAACUUUAUAGAUUUUGCUCAACAAAAGUUUCGAUGCUGUGGACUUAGUUCUGAAGGCUAUGUAGAUUGGUCAAAAAAUGAAUAUUUUAAUUGCACUUCUCCUAGUGUGGAAAGAUGUGGAGUUCCAUUCUCAUGCUGUAUUAAUGCUACUUCAUUAAGUUCUGGUCUUAUAAAUAUAAUGUGUGGAUAUGGUGUACAGACUUUAUCGGUUGCUGAAGCAAGCAAGAAAGUGUGGACAUCAGGAUGUAUCGAAAUAGUUAGGGUUUGGGCAGAAAGGAAUCUCUAUUUCAUUGCAGGAAUUGCCCUAGGGGUUGCUCUUUCGCAACUUUUUGUUAUUUAUUUAGCAAAGACUUUAGAGGGGCAGAUCGAUUUACAAAAGUCAAGGUGGGCUAGUUGAAAUAUUUUGUAUACGCCCCUUGGGUCUAGGGUCUGUUUGUAAUUACUUAAAUGACAUUCUGUAACCACAGUUUUUCAUGUUUGCAUGUUUUGUUUUUCCCCUUUUUGAAAUUAACGUUUCGACUAAAAUUCCAUUUAUUUCACAAUCUCUGAUUUGCUUUUAUCUCUUUGUCAUUGUUCUGCCUUUAGUCUUUAAUAUAUGUGGCCACAUUUUUUAAGACUGUUAUUAAAUCAGUUUUUAAAUUUUGGUCUUAAACUGUUACACUUCGGUGACCUAUCUAACUGCUAGGUAUUGAAAAAAGAAAUUUAAGCAAGCCCAAGUAAAUUAAAUAAGAAUCGUUGUAAUUACUUCUGAAGUGGCAAGGAUUAGGAAAUUAUAAGUCAUUUUAGAGCAAAAACAGGCGUUUAAGUGAAUUUGAAAGACUGCAAUAAAUAAUUUACUGGACUAUGUUUUCAAGUCCAAUAAUUCUGGACAAGUGCUUUUUAUUCGUAAAAAAAAACCCAAAAUAUUUUGUGGUAACCAAAUAAUAUUAUUGUAGGUAGAUAUUAAGUACCUAGUGACUGAAUAAUGGAUUAGUAUAAAAUCAAAAGUCUCAUAAAUUAUAGAUUUUUAUACGGAACUUGAGUGUUGUUAGGAUUUAAAAGCUUAUAUAUAAACGUAACGUGUUUUAUAAUAUACUCUUCAAUUUAUUAA